GUUCACGAAAAAAUUUUAAAUAUGAAAUUAACCCGAACUUGUUCUAUAUUUUUACCCUGCCAUACUCCGCAUUUUGCUUUUCUUGUUUCUGAUGCCACGUAAACAUGAAGAGAAGAACUUUGUCAAUGUUUUGUGAUACAUUAGUAAAAUCGCUAAAAUCUGGAAAUGUGUUAAAGGGAUGUCAUCGUGUUGUGGUUCCAGAUAUUGUGGAAGGAGGGAAAAGAUCAUUUCACACUCAAGUGUCGUCAUGCAGUACGACAACUAUUCUAUCGCAGGAGGAACAACACAUCUCCAGGACAUGCCACCUUCCACAACUGGAUGUUCCUGACAAUCCAGACGAUCUUUUCAGAGGAAUGUCCACUGACUUCCCUUGCCUGACAAGAAAUAAGAUGACAGGUCCUGAACCAGAAUAUGACAAAAUCAUAACUGGUUACAAACUCUUUCAUCACCAACAUCCUUUUGAGAUGAAGUACAACAAAGCUCGCCUACCUGAGUUACAAGUGGCUUACGAAACAUGGGGGAAAUUGAAUGAAACCAAGAGCAAUGCUGUGAUGAUACAAGCAGGUUUAUCUGCUAGCUCCCAUGCCAAGAGUCAUAGGGAGAACUUACGGCCUGGCUGGUGGGAGAAGUUUGUAGGACCAGGAUGUGCCGUGGACACUGAUGAGUUUUUUGUCAUCUGUCCAAACAACCUAGGAAGCUGUUAUGGUACCACGGGCCCAUCUUCUGUCAACCCUCUUACUGGCAAGCAAUAUGCCACCACCUUUCCACUAACUAGUAUAGAUGACAUGGUACAAGCCAAUUUCCUCCUAUUAGAUGAACUUGGAAUUGACAAGCUCCAUGCCUGUGUUGGUUCCUCCCUGGGAGGCAUGCUGUCUCUGAUGGCAGCAGCUGAGUUCCCAGAACGAGUUGGAAGAAUCAUCUCCAUCUCCUCCUGCGCCCAGUCUCACCCCUCAUCCAUUGCCAUGAGAUACCUCCAGAGGAAAACCAUCAUGUCCGAUCCAAACUGGAACAAGGGCCAUUACUAUGAUGGACCCUAUCCUAAAAUGGGCAUGAAGCUGGCCAGAGAGAUAGCUACAAUGACAUACAGAAGUGGCCCCGAGUGGGACCAACGGUUCAGCAGAGAGAGGAUUGACCCUGGCGGCCCCAACACCCUGUGUCCCACUUUUACCAUAGAGAGUUACCUGGAGUAUCAGGGAGAGAGCUUCAGCACCAAAUACGACCCCAACUCACUCCUGUACAUCUCUAAGGCGAUGGACCUGUUUGACAUGGGGGAGGGCUACAGCUCCCUCCAGGAGGGUCUGUCCCGGGUCAAGUGUCCGGUCAUGGUCAUUGGCGUACAGACAGACAUACUGUUCCCCAUCUGGCAACAGAGGACACUUGCUGAACUGCUACAGAAAUCAGGAAACCUUGGAGUGACAUUUUAUGAGCUGAAUUCUCUCUAUGGACACGACACAUUUCUUCUGGACAUCAAUGGGGUGGGGGCAGCUGUUAAGGGAUUCCUGGAAACCAAUUUGAAGUCACUGGGGAUAGACUUAGUAAAUGAGGAAAAAUUUCACAACAAAGAUAGACGCUUGUUUUAAAUGCAUAAAAUUAUGCUUUUAUUCUCAGGGAUAUUUGGAGAUUGGUCGCCAGUUUUACCAGCACCCGUAAGAAGCCUAGGCCAGCUUCUGAUGAUGGGGUGUCUUUUGGUUGAAUCUCCUUGAAAAACCCAUUCCCUAUAUGCAGAAAACCAACAGAUGUUUUUCUACUGCUCCCAUCCAUAAUCUAUACCUUGGGGAUGUUGGCAUUUAUUAUGACAGGCUAUUGUUGUAUUUGGCAAAAAUGACUUAAGGUAAGGUUUGCGGCUUGCAUUUUUGAGAGGUUGUACCAAAGUUACAUACCAUUUUGUUCACUAUACUAAAGUCUUUUUUCUCAUGAAAUUCAAAUUAAUUUUGCCCGUCUCGUUUUAUCACUACAAAAGGUCAAAGUUCAUGAUUUCCAAUUUUCAUUUUGAUGAAAUGUAAACAAUUUCCUGAAAAUAUGUACAUUUUAUAUGUGACUAUUAUGGGGGUUAUUUAUGCUUAAAAUGUUCGAAAAUAAUAUCACUAUUAAUAUCAUGAAUCACUUUUAUUAAUUUCUGAUGAACUAUCUAAAAAUAGAAUAAAAUGCAACAAAAGUCUUAAUUUUAGACGACUAUUAUGUAAAUGAAAACAUCUUAUUUGAAACUUUUCCAAGUCCACCGAUUUCAGGAAAAACGUAUCUUAGAAUAUGUGUAAUCUGAUGUUUCUAAAACACUAUUCAAAACCAUAUGAUGCGGAUUUCGUUUUGGUGGAAAUUGAUAAAAUGCUUGUGUCGUCUUAUUUUUUCAUUGAAACUAAAAAACCCCGCGAAAUAAAAAAACUGAAAUCAAUUAUGACGUCAUAUAAAUUUUGACGUAAUAACUGAAAUAAAGGGUAGUUGGUGUUACGUCACAAUGAAAAUGUGUGAGUUAUCUCCCUGUAACCGCAAACCUUACCUUAAACAUUUUUGUACCGGUACAUGUUACAUGUAUAUACAUGUAUGUGUGAUUUUUUGUAUAAAGGUACUGAAUUAUUGAUGAAAAUUAUGUUUUACUAUUAUUACGACAUGAUUGGGGAUUUUAUUAUAUAUGAUUGACACUUUAUGAUAUUUGAUUGACACUUAAUUGUUACCAUUAUUUUAAAAUUUGUAUUAAUAUGGUUGUAUUAUGUAUAUUACUUUGAUGGAUAUGUACUUCAAGAACAUAGGGUGAAACAUAUUCUGACAUCUAUAACCUGGUGAUGUUUUGAUCUUUCAGUUGAUUUUUUGCAAAGACAUAUGAUCACUAAUUGUUUUGAAGUCCAUCAGGAAAUUUGUGAUAAUUCAUUAAUUUGGAGUAAUUAAGUUCAUUUAAUUACAUGUAUAACAUAAUAAUAUGUUGUUUGUAUGUUACUUUCAAUACACCAUUGAGAUUUUUUGCAAUUCACAAUGGCAAUAUAAACCUGUUCUCAUUAUUCUUUGUAAUUUAAUUAAUUUACAUGUAAUUUGUUAAUUAAUAAAAUGAAAUUAAAUUUUAA